CUGGAGCUGAGCUGACUGACCUGCAACGACCACAACCAUCUUCUUAUGUGCCAGGUAUGACUCCAACCCAUGGAGAGUUUUUCCUCAGUCCUAUUGAUUGCAGUUUUGCUAGGGCUCCUUAAUGUCAAUGGCUGUCACUUGUUAAAUAGUGAGGUAAAUUUGAAGGGCAAAGACCUACUCCUGUCCCUCAGUAGUAUAUUCCUAUGUCCUUUAUAUUAUUAAUGGAUGCAACUCAAUACUGUAUUAACUGUAUGUAGACUAGGGUGGAUUUACGCAAGAAGAUAAUUUUUUGAAAUUUUCUACACUAUACAAUUUUCACUUAAUACCAUGACUAAUGUCACGGUGUUAAACUCAAUGUUGCAUCUUGUUUUAGUUCAACACAUUAUUUCCUUCCAUUUUUGCAUAGAUGUAAACAUUGCUUUACGGAAAAUUGCAGUUUUGCUGAAACCAGACAAAGAUAUUGCUCAGACUGGAGAUCACAUGAUCAUUAAAACCAUCAGCAGCUUCCGGAAUUAUCUCAUGGAAUUUGAUAUUGGCAAGGAGUUUCCCGAGGAUUUAACUGGAAUAGAUGACCGCCAAUGUAUGACCACAGUGAAUUGGGAUGGGGAUAAGCUUGUGUGUGUACAAGUCGGAGAGAAACAGGGUCGAGGAUGGACACAGUGGGUAGAAGGUGAUGAACUGCAUCUGACCACAGGGUGGCACAGUUACUCAGUGGUUAGCCCUACUGCCUCACAGUGCCAGUUACCUGGGUUUGAUUCCAGCCUCCAGCAUCUGUCUG